UCUGUGGAUCAAUUUAAGAGCGCUGUUAGCCAACAUUACCUGUCAGAGUGAUGUAAACUGCGGUGCCGAGAGAGACGCGUGUAGGCUAUCUUGUCUUCUUUGUAGUGUUUUUUUUUUUCUUCUUUUAAAGUAAACAAUUAUCCUAAUGAGAUGUGUUUUGCUACCAGUUCCUAGUUUUAACUACGUUUUAGGACCGCGAUUGCCAUAGAGAACCAGCACUUUACAGUGAAUUAAGGCUCAAGCUAGAGCGUUUAUACCCAUCGCGCAUCUGUCGAUACAGAACACAGUGUGGAAAAAUAUAGUAAUAGCACCAUUGCACUGAACUGAACAAUGAGGUACGGAUUGGUGGUUGUUACAGCUGGGUUUACAGGUUUGCUCAGCUUCAGCCUCCUUGCUGUGGCUAUCGGGACUGAUUACUGGUACAUAAUCGUCGAUAUGAAUAAACCCAACUGCUCAUGUUCAGACGACCUAAGUUCCCAUUCUGGACUGUGGAGAAUUAAUGAAGGAACAAACAUGACCUCAGUCAUCCAUUCUUUCACAGCAAAUAUGACCAGCCUGUCAGAAGUGGAAAAGCACCUUCUUGGCUUGCACAAGGUGGUGGUCAUCAUGUUGCCCCUCAGCCUGGUCCUGCUGGUGUUUGGCUGGAUCGUUGGACUUGUCAGUUCGUUAGCCAGCAGUCCCAAAUUGCUGGCUGGAUCAGCAUCCUACGUUCUCUUCUGCAGUCUUUUUACCUUGUCGGGGGUGAGCAUCUACAUCAAAUACUCAAACCUGGCCAUGGUGGAGUUCCAGCGCAUUGUGUCUCCAGAGAACCUUGCCCGUGUGGACGUGUCCUUUGGCUGGUCCUUAACCGCAGCCUGGCUCUCCUACAGCAUGGAGGUGGCCACUGGCCUGCUGCUUAUGCUAGCUGCCAGAAUAAGUCAAAUGAAAGGACGCUAUGAUUCUGGCGUAGCCAUCGCCAUGUUAUGAAUUCAUGUUUUAUGAUGCCCAAUAAGUAAUAAUUACUGUACACAAAUACAGUAAUUGUUUUGUCUUUGAAUGUGUUUUUAUAGUGUUUCUCAGUAAAUUCAGCUUUUUGUUGCCAUAUUCCAUCCAUCAGCUAAGUCGAUGUAGCUAAUAACGUAUUCUGGACGAGUUGAUUCAGCAGUAGGUUUUCUGUGAGACAUGUCUUGAAAUCUUAAAACAGCUUAAUCUAUGAGACAACUGCAAAUUCCCUGCCCUGCAAUAUGAACACAGGCAAAACAAGAAUUGAAGUUGUAUGGGACCAUUUUCUUUUUGAGGCGUGCUUUACAGAUGUUUUGAGGAGGAGUUCUCCACCUCCUCUACACACUGUACACUGCAGUUAAACAUGGUUCAUAUCAGUGGAUCAAGAGGUUUCAAUCAAGUGAUUCUGCAGCAGAUAAACACCUCAAUGGAGCCACCUAGACUCUAGCACAUAGUCACAACUAGUUCAGUGUCCAGUAUUUCAUGAUGGAACAGCUGCUGCAUUGAUUUGUUAGAGAAAAUUAGCAUUUGGCUGAUGUAGAAUUUAAGACAAUUUUGGCUUGUGACAUAAAGAGAAGAUAUUAGUUUGGUUCUCCUGAUUACAAACUUCCUAUACCCAUCCUACUGGUAUUUGCAUGAAUCAUGGAAACAAGGCUGAAGAUCAGUGCAUUCUUGGGGAUCCUGCAAAAUGUUUUCAGCAGUACAAAUGCAUGUGUUCAUGCAUGCUUUGCAGUGGUAGUAAGCUUUUGCAACGGCUUGAUAUUGAAACAUUCUGUCUGUGCUGUCCACCUGGGAAUGAGACUUAUCUCUUCUGCUUGGAAGUAAAAACAACAAAUACAACA